AUGGCGUCCAAUAGCUCACUGAUUGGUGUUGGACCGUCAGUGCUCCAGGACAAUUACAGGGUCAUUUUAGUUCAGGUUUUGGUCACAGUUUUUCUUUGCAUCAACAGUUUUCUAAUCAUAACCUUUUUCUUGAAGGAUUUCUUCUACACGACCAUGCGCUACAUCUUAUUUGCUACCACACUGCUGUCUGAUUGUCUGUUUUUAGUAAUGAGUGAUGUCCUACUCAUUCUGAAGUAUUUCACGUUCACCAUACAAAUGUGGUUGUGUGUUAUUAUAUAUGUUGUUAUGUCCGUGUACACGUUUGUCACGCCUGUCACUCUCACGGCGAUGACCCUGGAACGCUACGUGGCCAUUUGCCUGCCGCUGCGUCAUGGAGAGCUGUGCUCCAUGCGCACUGCUCUGCACCUUAUCCUCAUUAUUCAUGGCCUCAGCUUGAUACCCUGUGUUGUUAUUCUCUCCAUUUUCUUUGCAUCAGCAACUCACGCCUUCUAUAUCCAGAACCGAGUGUGCUCUGUGGAGAUAUUCAUCUUUCACAGUUGGCAGGGUCAUUUUAGAUCAGCUAUCAGUCAGUUUUACUUCUUGAUCAUGUGCACCACUAUCAUUUUCUCCUAUGUUAAAAUAAUGAAAGUGGCCAAAGCUGCGUCAGGAGAGAAUAAAAAGUCGACAGGGAAAGGUCUCAGGACAGUUGCUCUACACGGUUUCCAGCUGCUGCUCUGUCUUGUCCAGCUGUGGUGUCCAUUCAUAGAAGCAGCUGUCCUUCAGAUUGAUUUCAUGUUAUUUAUUAAUGUCAGAUACUUUAACUAUGUUGUGUUUAAUCUUACUCCAAGAUGUCUGAGUCCUCUGAUCUAUGGCCUCAGGGAUGAGGCAUUUUUCCAUGCAGUGAAAUACUAUGUUCUCUGUGGUAUGUGCAAGAACAAAUCCUUAGGUUUUACUAUUUGACAGAUAACACAGAAAAGAGCAUGAACCCAGGACAGUAUCUUUUUAUUUUGAUUUUUAUGUCCUACCUGUAUGGAUUGUCUCUUAGGUGUGUUGCAUUGUCUAAUGAAUAAGAUAUGCUAUAUAGUA